CGAGAGGGGGCUGCAAUGUAAUCAAGUCCAACAAUAGACAGCAGAGAAAGAGACGGGAGGGGAAGGUAAAGGAGAAGGGGGGAGGGUUGGCAUGUUGCUCUCAGGCAGGAGAAUGAAUCGCAGCGCCACCGAGCCUGAAACAGACCUAGUAGAAAUGGAACUGAGAAUAAGCACAGUUACAUUGUAGCCCCAACAACAACAACAAACAAACAAACAACAACAAGCCCCAAAUAUAUUGUUACAAUCUAACAGUUCCGUCGGAGGAAUUAGGACACAGCAAUGCGAAGCCUGCGCUGAACAGGAGCGGCCGGGGUGAGAACAAGGCAGAAAGAUGGGCGCCGUGCUACGGACUGUGUUGUUCUCUAGUUUUUGUUUGCUAAUACGAGGUGUACCCCUCCUGCUGUAUGCCAACCGGCGGGACCUGCGGCUGGUGGAUGCGGCUCACGGCAGGGCCAACGCCACGGUGGUGGUCGGCGGUCUGGAGGACGCCGCCGCCGUGGAUUACGUAUACGCCCAGGGAUUGGUCUACUGGAGUGACGUCAGCGAGGAAGCCAUCAAACGCACCACCUUCAACCAAUCGGGGUCCGGCCCGGCGGCAGCGGCGGCAUCCCAGACGGUGGUCGUAUCGGGGUUGGCGUCCCCGGACGGCCUGGCCUGCGACUGGUUAGGCAGGAAGCUGUACUGGACGGACUCCGAGACCAAUCGGAUCGAGGUGGCCGAGUUGGACGGAUCGUUACGGAGAGUUCUUUUCUGGCAGGAUCUGGACCAGCCCCGAGCCAUCUCUCUGGACCCGGGUAGAGGGUACAUGUACUGGACGGACUGGGGCGAGGUCCCUAAGAUUGAGCGAGCGGGGAUGGACGGUACAAGCAGAGCCAUGAUCAUUGAUAAGGAGAUCUACUGGCCCAACGGGCUCACGCUGGACUACAGCCGGGAGAAACUGUACUGGGCGGACGCCAAGUUCAACUUCAUACAUCGCUCCAAUCUGGAUGGCACUGGGAGGGAGGUGGUGGUGAAGGGAGACCUCCCUCACCCCUUCGCUCUGACGCUGUACGAGGAGACUCUGUUCUGGACCGACUGGAACACUCAUUCCAUCCACUCGUGUCAGAAGGAGACCGGAGAAGAUCGGAGGAAGGUCCACUCGGACAUCUUCUCUCCCAUGGACAUACACGUCUACAGCCAGACGAGACAACCUCUACUGUCUUCUCCGUGCUCCGUGAGGAACGGAGACUGCUCCCAUCUCUGUCUCCUGUCUCCCAUCACACCCUACUACCAGUGUGCCUGUCCCACCGGGGUCCAGCUGCUAGAGGACGGAAAGACCUGCAGAGAUGGUGCCACUCAGCUCCUCCUCCUGGCCCGGAGGACUGACCUGCGCCGCAUUUCUCUGGACACGCCCGACUUCACCGACGUCAUCCUCCAGACGGACGACAUCCGCCACGCCAUCGCCAUCGACUACGACCCGGUGGACGGACACGUCUAUUGGACCGACGACGAGGUCCGGGCCAUCAGGAGGUCCUACCUGGACGGCUCUGACGCUCAGUUCAUCGUCACCUCACAGGUGAACCACCCCGACGGCAUCGCGGUGGACUGGAUCGCCCGGAACCUGUACUGGACGGACACGGGAACGGACCGCAUCGAGGUCACGCGACUCAACGGAACCAUGAGGAAGAUCCUCAUAUCGGAGGACCUGGACGAACCGCGAGCCAUCGUCCUGGAUCCUGUCGCUGGGUACAUGUACUGGACGGACUGGGGCGAGGUUCCUAAGAUCGAGCGGGCCGACCUGGACGGGACCGAGAGGCUAGUGAUGGUCAACACCUCCCUGGGCUGGCCCAACGGACUGGCGCUGGACUACGCCGACCGGAUGAUCUAUUGGGGCGAUGCCAAGACGGACAAGAUAGAGGUGAUGUGUAUGGACGGUUCAGGCAGGAGGAUCCUGGUAGAAGAUAUGCUUCCUCACAUCUUUGGCUUCACUCUGCUGGGCGACUACGUCUAUUGGACCGACUGGCAGAGACGCAGCAUCGAGAGGGUUCACAAACACACGACAGAGAGAGAGUUCAUCAUAGACCAGCUACCGGACCUGAUGGGGCUCAAAGCUACAUAUGUACACAAGACCUUCGGUACCAACCUGUGUGCGGAGUCUAAUGGUGGGUGCAGCCACCUCUGCCUGUAUAAGCCAGUGGGCGUCCAGUGCGCCUGUCCCAUUGGGCUGGAGCUGAUAGCCGACCUGUCCACCUGCAUCGUCCCAGAAGCCUUUCUCCUGUUCUCCCGCCACACAGACAUCAGACGCAUCUCCUUGGAAACGAACAACAACAACGUGGCCAUCCCGCUGACCGGGGUUAAAGAGGCGUCCGCACUCGACUUCGACAUCACAGACAACCGCAUCUACUGGACAGACAUCACAUUGAAGACAAUCAGUCGUGCGUUUAUGAACGGCAGCGCUCUAGAACACGUGGUGGAGUUUGGCCUGGACUACCCAGAAGGCAUGGCGGUGGACUGGCUGGGGAAGAAUCUGUACUGGGCGGACACGGGGACCAAUCGUAUCGAGGUGGCCAAGCUGGAUGGACAACACAGACAGGUCCUAGUCUGGAAAGAUCUGGACAGCCCUCGAGCCCUGGCACUGGACCCUGCUGAAGGGUUUAUGUACUGGACAGAGUGGGGCGGGAAGCCUAAAAUUGACCGGUCGGCGAUGGACGGGACGGGCCGGAUAACUCUGGUACCCAACGUGGGCCGAGCCAACGGGCUGACCAUCGACUAUGCUGAGAGGCGACUUUACUGGACAGACCUGGACACUACGCUCAUAGAGUCAUCCAACAUGCUGGGUCUGGAUCGUGAGGUUAUAGCUGAUGACCUCCCUCACCCUUUUGGUCUGACCCAGUACCAGGACUACAUCUAUUGGACGGACUGGUCUCAGCGCAGCAUCGAACGGGCCAAUAAGACAUCGGGUCAGAACCGUACGGUCAUCCAGGGUCACCUAGACUACGUGAUGGACAUCUUGGUCUUCCACUCGUCUCGCGGGGGCUGGGCAGCCUGCGCCUCCACCAAUGGGCAAUGCUCACACCUCUGUCUGGCUGUACCAAUCAGCAGCUUCGUCUGCGGAUGCCCCGCCCACUUCUCCCUCAACUAUGACAACAAGACCUGCAGUGGUGAGACACACACACACACACACACACACACACUGUACUAGGUCUGUAACUCUCAC